AUGAUGGACUCCGCAACGUUACUCGAAAGCCUCAAGCUGCCUCUGAUCGGAGGCGCACUCUUAUCGCUAUCGAGCAUGAACCUGAUGCUCGACUUCAGCAAGGUCUUCGGCUGUUCCCAAGCGCUCAAGAGUCUCCAAGAAUCUUACAAGCUCAUCCGUUUCCAUUACUUCCAAAACAGUAAUGGUCAAAGCAAUAAUAAUCACAUCUUAUUCAACCAUCAGAACUUGUUCAUAGCUGCCGGCUUGGCUCUCAGCGGCUCCUUCCUCAGACUGUUCAUGGACUUUAUCGAGCGCAAUCUGACGCACAACGAGCGAUCCAUCUUCGAUUCCUCUCUGCUCUCUAAUCAUGUCCAUCACUCCAGAAGCGAUGAUCAUCAGGUGCUCAAGAAUGUCUUACUCUUUACGCUUGCCGGGUUACUGUCUGGUGCUGGAACUACUCUGGCCUCUGGCUGUACAUCUGGUCAUAUGUUAUGUGGAAUGGCGCGUGGUAGCAAGCGAAGUAUUGUGGCCACCUGUGUCUUCUUCCCCGUCGCGAUCCUCACCCACCGAGUUCUCAAGCCACUAUUGGCCCAGAUCGGAGUCUUUUCGCAAUCAGACUCGAUGUACCAAGAGUAUUCGGAAUCUGUCUCCACCAUAGGCUCAGACCAGGUAAUCUGCGGAGCGAUAUUCGCGGCCCCAUUCAUAGCUUACCUCGUCCUCAAAUUGGUGGUGAAACCCGAGCGCUGGAUUCCGUUACGGCUUGGCCUGCUUGGCGCAACCUUCGGCUCAGGACUGACUCUCUCAGGGAUGACGAAACCGUCAGUAGUCCUAGGGUUUUUCAACUUCCCACUGCCCACAUGGGAUCCCAGUUUAUUGGGUGUCGCGAUCGCCGGGCUCGGCCUCAACACCUUGGUCUAUUGGCUCGAGCGCCCUUUGCUCGAUAAACUCGACCGCUUGGCCCCGCCUUGCGCAACCCCUCCAACUUGGCAACUACCUGAAAUGACUAACAAUGAAAUCACAACCCGUUUGGUUUUGGGAAGCGUUCUCUUCGGUUUAGGUUGGGGACUUGCUGGAGUUUGCCCCGGACCAGCACUAGUAGUUUUUGGGGCGUAUCCACUUUCAUUUGUCAUGUGGGGCUGGCUCGCAGGUUUUUUUGCGGGCAGUCACUUCAUCCGUUAA